GCCUGCGCAGAAGGGAGCGGCUCCGCGGGCGGAAGGCCGUAUCUGAGCGGAGCGGAAGUGCGGUGGUCCUUUCUGUCUGGGUCGCCAACAUGGUGUUCAAGCGCUUUGUUGAGAUUGGCAGGGUGGCCUAUGUGUCCUUUGGCCCCCAUGCAGGCAAACUGGUGGCCAUCAUUGAUGUCAUUGACCAGAACAGGGCGCUGGUGGAUGGGCCGUGCACCGGUGUGAAAAGACAGGCUAUGCCCUUCAAGUGCAUGCAGCUCACCGAUUUUGUCAUCAAAGUUCCACACAGUGCUCGUCAGAAAUUUGUGAGACGUGCCUGGGAGAAGGCUCAGGUUAACGAGAAGUGGGUCGAGACCAGCUGGGCGAAGAAAAUUGAAGCCAGGCAAAAGAGGGCCAAAAUGUCUGACUUUGACCGCUACAAGGUGAUGAAGGCCAAGAGAAUGAGGAACAAAAUCAUCAAGCACGAGGUGAAGAAGCUCCAAAAAGCAGCACAGAAAAAAGCAUAAUUUUUUAAGAUUUAAAAUAAAAUUGCUGUCUAAAACUGAA